AAUCAUUAAAAUUUUUCCCAAAAAGUAGUAACAAAAUAUAUUCUUUUUUCUGGAUGGGUAUAUCUUUAUUUCUUCAUUUCGUGGGAUUGGACGUAAUGCGAAAUUGUAAACAAUAACCUAGCAAUUACAAGUAGUCAGUUACCGAUUAGUCAGAAAUAUUGUUUUAGUCUAACAUGUAAAUAUGUAUAGAAUGAUACCAUAUGAUGUAAGUCACUAAUUUAAGCGAGAUAAGAUCUUGUUUGUUAGCUUAAAAGAUCUUAAAAACUGUACAGUAUGUUUUUUCAUUAGAGAUGAUAGGAAGUUGUUAUUCACAUUGUUUUGAUUAUAUUAUUCAUAUUAUUAUUCCACAAAUCAAAACUAAAUAUUUCAAUAAAAUAGAAAAACUGAUUUAACAAAUCGGCAAAUAGCCAGUUUCUAUAAAAUACUUUUGUAGUAUGUAGUACUUUAUACUCUGCUUAAUCUGUGUUAUGAAAACAACGUUUUGAAUUAGAACUAUAACAAUACUUAUUGCACCAAAUAAUAAGAUAAUACAUGUGACACAUCAUGGAUGGAAGAAGAUCACACUGGUCAAGAAAGUUAAUAUUGAGAUAAGUAAUUUUGUGAAAAGAGGCGAUGAAUAUUAUUUGGUACGGAUAAAAAGGUUAGAGCAAUUCAGUGUAUAGACUAUAUUGGAAAAUGAAAAUGGAUAUAGAAAAAAAUGUCUGGUUACGUCGGAAACUUUCCAGAAAAUCCCUCGUAUAUUGUUCAGUUGAUAAGAAUUGGAUUAACAUGAUAGUUUUUGGUGUUGGUUAAAUUUAGUUGUUUAUCAUCUUUUGUAGUAUUAUGGAUUGCGAUCAUUAACAAGUAACGUUUCAGCAAGUAUCUUCGCACAAUAUUAAAUUUAACAGCUCAGCAAGUGGUUUUGACAAUAAUUCCUUUUAUAUGUUAAUAUUCCGAUAUUAUGUACAGAAUUUAUUUGAAAUUACAGCGGCAAUUGUACUUAGGGUAUAAAAAUGAAUUAACAGAGUGAAGUUCCGAAAACAGAAAUUCACCGAUUGGCCUCAAAUUUUUACCAGAUACUUUAUCUGAUAGAGUCUAUCGUACACUAGAUUAUUGUACCUAAAAGGAUUUUUGGCAUCUCGUAAGGAAAGGGAAUGUAAAAAUUUUCCUAUCCUAACCUAAUCUAACCUAACCACGUAGAGUACUUUGACGAUUUGAAGCUAAUAGGUAGGUUCCGGUUUUUGGAAAUCCAGCCAAAAUACAAAUUGACACUUUAAAUAAAUAUUAAGUUUGUUGAUUUCAGAACACCACAGUUCUCAAUUAAUUAAUGUAAGUGAUUUUUAUUAUUGUUAUACUUUUAUACAAAUCCAUUGAAUCCAUAACACCUAGAAUGAAAAGUCAUGGGAAGGGUAUCUCCAUCUUACCAAGCUGGGUAGCCUAUAUCUGCGAUGAUAAUUCUUAUGCUGAUCUCAAUCACAUUUUCUUUUAAUGCAUCAAUCACAUUAAUAAAAUAGACAAUUUAUUACAAUCUCUACCUUUAAACUUCACACACCUUUUAAGCUGAGAUAAUCGACAUCCUUUAGAUUUAUAAGUAAAUUUUAUCAAAAACAUUGAAAUUAAUAUUUAGGUAAAAUCAUGUGGCUGAUGGACUUGCUUCCAAGCAAUUUUCUUUCACACACACACAUACUUUUAUACAUAUUUUGACAUUAUACUGUAACCACAUUUUCAAUCCCCGAUGAUAAUUACAUAAGUAUUCGAAGGCUCAGAUUAUAAAUAUACUUUGGUGUUUGAUUGCCACAACUAAAAUAUUCAUAAACUAGUUGGCAAUUCAUAUACAGAUCUUCUUCUUCCUUUGGUUCUUUGCUACUUCUGUCCAUUUAAUCCUUGCUUGACUUUUUGUAGCUGUAGCUUUUUCUUUGUUCACCCUUUUUUUCUUUCACCUCUCUCUCUCUCUCUCCUCCCUUCAAUACAAUUCUCAUAAUUCUCUGCUGUGGUAAUCUUGCUGUGUGUUCUAACCAUCAUUAGUUCCUAUUACUUUGUAACCUUUCAGAUUCCUCUUUCCAGUUCAAUUUCUUCAAGGUUUGUAUAUCUACUAUAUACUAUACUAUGAUACUCCUAGAAGUCCUAGAUAAUCAAAUUGAUCUUCAACGUUACAAGUUGUUAUUUAAUUUGUAUUGUUGCUAUCAACUGGGUUUUCAAAGCAGGUUUCCACGCAUUUAUUUAUUUGUGAGCCAAACCUUUUUGUUUUAUCCACAAAUUUACUAAAAACCUUUUCUAUUUGUCUGUUGGACUUUGUUAUUGAGACAGAUGAAGCGCCUGUUGAUUGUAUGUUACUUUGUCUUAAUAGUAUUACUAAUAUAAUUAAUAUUUAAUAGGUUCGUAGAGAGAAGAUUGCCUUGCCUGAGUUUUUGGUUCACUAACUUUAUUCGAUAAAUAGUGUACCAUUAAAAUUCAGGCCAAUUGAUGAAUUUGUGAAAGAUGCUUAUUAUCUUUAUUUCAAAAUUAAAAAUCGAAAACUUUGAAACAUAUUUUGUAUUCAAACAAUAUUAUAUAAGCUAUAAUACUAGUUCCUAUUAGUGUUGAUGGAUAGUGAUUUCGAACCAUAAACAUCAGAUCAAAACCGGCCCCAACUGUUUUCUCCAGUCGAACUGAAUGAUUUAGUAAGAGAUGUGGGACCUCCAAAAUAUCUUUUUGAAUUACUGGCGUCUAAAUUGAAGCCAAAAACUCUGUUCCAGAUACACCUUGUCUUAAUAUAUAAAUUAUGAUAGAGAUUAUGAGGCUGAAUUUUUGAAAUAUUCUUCUUCAAACGGUUCCGUUGUGCACGGCCAAGCAAAUGUAGGUAAAGUUACUCGCCUACGAGCUCCAAAAAACACUUCGUUCUUCCUUUCACAUAAUGGCAAUGCUUCUAUUGCGGUCGGUCAUUCAAUUAAGAUCAUGGAAAACUAUGCAAAUUUAGAGGAAUUACUUCUAAGAAUACAAUGUGAAGUGUGGGGAGAUCUAAAUAUUCUAUGUUCUCUCUUGGUCAGUAGGUUGAAUUUACAAAAUUUUAAUGAUUUUUGAAUGAGUGGGAUAAUAGGAACCUAAACAACAUUGGAUACGAAGAGACAAACAGCAAAUUUAACACCUGGAAGCAAAUUUAUAUUUUGUGAAAGUUUUAUUGUCUCAAUUCCAUCAAUCCACAUGUGAAACAAUGUGUAAAAUAUUUCAGGUACUAUCAGAGGUAAUCUUUUUAGGGCUGCAGAUAAAGAGCUUGUGAAAGAAAUAGAAUUUGCAAAUGUGAUAGAAAAUAUGGAGAACAAUGUAUGGAGUGCUUUCAAAGCAGUUCAACAUACAUUCAUUGGAAAUUAUUAAGAUUAUUAAAAUUAUUAUCCAAAUUGAAAAUGUGUUGAAAAAAUUCAGGAGUCGUCGUUGUAAUAUCAUAAAAAUUCAAUUUUCACAUUCCCAGUUGGACUAUUUUGCAGAAAAUCUUGGUGAUGGGCGUGAAGAGCAAGAUGGAAGAUUUUACCAAGACAUUUAAGAAAUGGAAAUAAGGGCACUGGGACACAAAAAAUAUUACAAUUACAGUUGAAAAUUAGCGAGACAGAUUCUUUCAGCUGAAUAUGAUAAAAAAAUAACUAAAAAAAGGUUUUCUUCCACAAAGAAAUAACUUUUUUUUAUAUUUUGGGAUUUUAUUGUUUUGAAAGGUAACCUUAAGUGGUAUGAAAAAAAUUUGUAAUAAGGAUAAGGAUAAUCGUUAGAAAACAGUUGAAAUUUGAAUCAACUUACAGACCUGGGUUAUGCUCAUGUAACAAAAUAAUCAUUUAAUUUUCCAAUCAAAAUGGUUUGCUUUCAUAUUUUCGUGAAAAUGCAAUUAGAAUGAAUCUAAUUAAUUUGGUAAGACGAAUUAUACAAUUAUGACGUAUAAAAGUAUCAAUAUAAAAGUUAAAAGGAGUAGUUUUCUUCCAAAUGGAGAAAAAGUACUACAUAUUUUUUGAAAUUUUGUGUUUUUUGUUUGAUUUCUGUAGGCAGGUAGGUUUGCCCCUUCCUUUCUACGCUCCUGUUAUUGAAUAUUGGAAACAAUAAUGUGUCUGAUAGUAUCACACUUUCCAUUAUCAUCCCACCAUUUUCACCUCUGAUAUAUUGUGUAAUUACAAAUUUUUAAGUACACAUAAAAAACUCUAAUUUAACUGUAUAAACAAACGACAAACGACAAACAAAUGGUAUUUGUCGCGAUUCCAUGUUGAAAUAGUAGAAUUUAAGAUGUGUGUUUUGCGACAAGGUUUCACUGAAAGAUAUGUAUUAAUAAAACUUGUGAUUUUAGUUAGUUUUUGCUUAAAAUAUGGAUAUUGUGAUGACGAUAAUAGUAAGCGUUGCCCGAGGGAAAUAACUAUAGUCAACAAUUCAACUCAAGUAUAUUGGAAUUCAAAAGGAAUUGAUAAUGAAAUCGUCUUAUCUUCCCCACCUUGUACGGACAAAUAUGGAAAUUUAGUAACAAGAGUUUGCACCAAUAAUACGUGGAUUCCCGCAAAUUCCACUAAUCUUUGUUCAAAGCUCACACGGUAUGGAAAACGAUGUCCUGUUCAAUUUUCAGAAACGUCUGAUAGUUGCAUUUUUUUCGCCGCUGCUCAACCAUGGGGUAAUAUAUGUAGCUUUGAAGCAUUAACCGAAGAUUCCAACAAUGUACCGUUGAAAAACGAACUACUUUGGCUGCCAUACAAGAGAUUACACGAAUACGGACCUUUUGAAUCACUAACUUUUGGAGAAAAUUUUGGUAUUCCUAUUAAGAAACCUAUAAAGGGAGCUUUAACUGAUGUAGAUUUUUUUAAUAAGAAUUGUUUGGUAGUGAAUACGUCGUCAGAAGAAUACUACCCUGAAUUUUGUGACCGAUAUCAUCGAUACGUUUGCCAGUUUUCUAAAGAAGAAGUUUACGCUAGGUGCCCCCAUGAUUGCGUUAGUGUGGAUAUACUUUCGGACGCAUGUUACUGCAAGCAGAAACAAACUUGUUCCGAAUUGGCAAAAGUAAACACUAUGUAUGAUUUCACAAUGUUGUCGGACUUAGCCGAUGAUGAUGAAUCUAUAGUUGGAACUAUCACUUAUCCAGAUUUACCAUUUUAUGAAUUCAAUCAAUCUCUUAGUGAACAUUCUUGGUAUUAUACAAAGAAAAAUUUGUCUUAUUCUCUUUGUAUUACUCAACAUCCGAAACAAAAUUCUGUUGAAGAAGCUCAGUUGACACUGAAUUUUGACGACAAAGAAAGGAAAUUGUAUUUGACUAUAUACUCGCCUGAAGGUCUUUUCGAAAACGCAAACGAAAAAACAAUUUAUUGUUUUACUAAUGCAGCUCCUUAUACUAUUAAAACGAGAAAAGAUGUCGAACAAAUAAUCGAAAAUAGAGAAAAUGUUCGAUCGUACAACGUAUACGAGGUUGAUUUAGAAGAUAAAAUUGGUAUUUAUUAUUGCGAAGUUUUCAAAAGUACAUAUUAUGUAGACGAUAAAAUCAAAUCGAAUCCUGUAUUGGCCUAUAAAACUAAAUCUGGUACCGAAUUUUCGGCACGAUUAAAAAUCAGUAAUGUAUGUCAGUUAUUUAACUGCAACCAAACGAAUUUAAUCGAUUUUAAAAGAAUUUUGAACAAAUCUCUGAAUUUUUUCAAAGAAGAAACAAGAGUUAUGGAUAUUUACAAUUUCGAUUUGAAAUCUGUAGAUAUAUUAAUUCAUAUAUCAAAUGAAGACACAAACGAUGCUCUAGAAGAUUUCAAAUAUAUCAAAGAUAACCUAGAAAGUAGAGAGGACAUAAAUGUUAUAUAUAUAAGAAAUAGUGAAUAUUGUUUACCUGAAACUUUACAUAAUUUAAGUUGGCCGUUAACGCCAAUAAGUCAAAGUGCGGUAUCUGACCAAAAUUGUCUACAACCAAAUGGUUUACCUGUUAUACGAAUAUGUAGAGGUGAUUUUUUAACAGGUGCUGAAUGGGGAGAUGUUAUAGGAGAAUGUUCUAGCGAUGUGGAAUUACCAGAGAGUACUAAAUAUAUUUAUUCCGCGUUACAACAAAAUUUAACUACAGAAACUGUUAACAACGUUACUAAUGUUAUAGAAAACGAUCCUAAUUUACCAGUUCUCUCAAUAUAUUACGCCUCAAAAUUUUUGAAUAAGAUUUUUGACGAUAUCAACAGCAAUAUAUUAGUAGACACUACUAACAACGAAAACAAUUCAGUGGACAGUACCAUGAAGAUAAUUGACAAUUUGUUGAAUGUAAAUAGGGAACUUUUGGCGUCUUCACAAGAUCUUUUAAACGUCACCGACGAUUUAAUAGAUGUAGUAGAAAAUAUAUUGAUUGAAACAACAUCAAAUUUAACUACGUUUCUACUCCAGGAACAAAAUGUUAUUGUACAUGUCACUAAUCCAAUUUCAAGUGAUAUUUACGGCGUGGUAAUUUACCAGGAACAAGGUAAAGAACCAAUCGUGGCUGAUCUUCACAGUAAUAGUUCUUUGUACGAUCUUGGUCCUAACGCACUUUUCGCUUUAUUAAUACCCGAAGAAAUUUUAAAUCAUAAAAACAGUUCUAAUAUAACAAUUAUUACUACGAUUUAUUUCAAAGAUGCUUUUUUUGAAAGUAACCAUACAACAAGGCCCUCAGGUCCUGUUGUGAGUGUCACUAUUCCAGAAUUUGGUGGGUACCUACCGAGUAGUAUACCUAUAAUGUUCAAAGAAUCUAAUUAUAGUGAAAUACCAGAAUGUGGAUUUUGGGAUUAUGGGAAGAAAACAGUUAGAAAAAAAGGGCAUUGGUCUACAUCCGGAGGAGUUUAUAUGGGAGAAUUUGAUAUAGAAAAUCAUUAUCAUAUUUGUAUGUAUUCACAUUUAACUCAUUUAUCUAUGUUGAGAAUAACCAUGGAAAAAUUCUUGAGUAGUACGGAUGAUGUUAUUUUAGAUGUUAUAGCUAUAAUAGGAGAUAUAAUGACUUUGAUAGGUAUAACAGGAAUCUUUUUAACAGCAUUUCUUUUUAAAAUAUGGAGAAGGAAGCAGGGUACGAUAAUUUUACUAAAUCUAUCAAUAUCGAUCCUUUUAGAAACGUUCAUUAUGCAAAUAAGUGAUUCAAAGUUCUUUGUAACAGUACACAGUUGUACAAUUUUGGGUAUCUUACUGCAUUACUUUGUAAUAAGCAAAUUUUGUUGGAUGUUGGUAUAUUCUUUUUUACAGUACAUGAGAUUUGUGAAGGUUUUAACUAUACUACCAGAAAACAUAGUACUGAAAUCAAUCAUUUUUGGCUGGGGAUUCGCUAUUUUACCGGUAGGCAUUGUUAAUAUUAUCAAUUCAACAACGUAUACAAAAAGAAAAUACAACUACUGUUACCCAGUGGGAGCUAAUUUAUAUUACGGGGUAUUAUUGCCAGUGAGUAUAAUAGUAUUUGUUAAUACUUUCGUAUUUUUUGCUGUAAUGAGAAGAAUCACAUCGAACACCGUUGAAUCUCACGGAAGUAAAGAAAAUAUUCAAAAACUACAAAUACAAUUAGCUUGCCUUUUAUUUUUUGUACUAGGUGUUCCUUGGAUGUUUUGGGUGUUUGCUAAUUUCAUUUAUAUACAAUGGUUGAAAUUAACUUUGAUUUAUUUAUUUGCUGUAACUUCGAACAUACAAGGUUUCAUACUCUUCUUGUUCUACGUUAUUUUAAAUAACGAAACCAAAGCUGCCUGGGCGAAAUAUUUUCGUAAAAAUAGGCCCAAAUCGUUUUCUAGUAGCAUCAAAACGUCUAGUAAAUCGAACUAGUAUCUUACGUUUUUAAAAAAUGUACUAAUUGUUUCUUUUAUUGUCUCUUUAAAUUGAUUGUAUUUCCGUAUCUGCCUAAAUUAGGAACAUAAUAAAACCGUGUUAGUUUAGCAUUUUCGAAAUCGUAGAAUGAAUUAAUUUAUCGAGGUUUUCUAGACGACAUAAAUCGAUACUUCCGAUUUUACUAAUGAUUGGUUUUUGAACUGGGGAACUAAAUGAAAUGUUUUGUUUAGGAGGGCCUAUAUUUAGGCGAUUUAGGCAAGAUAAGACAUGCAGUAAGAAAAAAGUGAAAAAUAAUUGUUGUUCACCUUUUUAUUUAUUUAUAUUCGAUUUGUGUAUUCUCUCUUGAUGUUGUUAAGAAAACUGAGGAACGAAUCCAUUUUCCGGUUAGGUUAGAUGAGUUAAUUUUACUUAAGCUUAGGUUAGGUUGACUAAAUUAACCGAUAACACAGAAAAAUGUUUUUAUAUGAAAUGCGAUAUGUUUUGUAAUCGAGAGGAACUGCUGUUUCGAGUAAUUCAUAAAUCCAGUUAAAAAUGCCGAACUGGAAGUCAACUAACCGGAAGUACUAAUUUCCAACAUCUGGGACAUCGAUAAAUGAAAUCUGUGACCUCUUAAUGCCGUCAAAUUUUCAUUAUCAUUUUGAACUGAUACAAAAGUACUUCUUUCAAUUUUUUCUUAAUGUACUGAAUUUUUUUACUUGUCGGUCUUAUUCUUGUAAUUUAUAAAUUGCAGGGCCUGCUUUACUUUAACUAUCUUUAUAAGCCCUUGAAUUGUUUUAAUUCUUAUGAAAUAUCGUGGGUUUACAACUAAUACUGACCAUGUGAAAAACUAGCUUUUUAAAAAAUAACACGACCAAGUUGACCAAAUCUACCGAUGCUGCAUAUAAUACUCUACGAGUUUAUUGUAGAGAUAUAUCGCCCAGUUGAUUAGUUUUUGUUGUAUGACUACGAUAUACAAAUAAAAAUUUACAAAUAACAAUUGAUUGAAUUAUUAUAUAUAUUGUAAUACAUUAUUAUUGUUCAAAAUUUCUGUAACUAAAUUUCAGUGUAUUUUUCGCAGAUCAAAAAAAGAUCUAUUGGAUCUAAUGGAAUCUCCUCAAUUUCCUUUGAAAGUCAUUUGAUAUUUUAGUAACCAUAAAAGCUUCUCGGAAAUUAUCUAUAUAACAACAAAAUAAAUACUUAUAAACAAAGAAAAACUUGUUCAAAAUAAACGCAGGAAACCGCAUUAAUGAAAACGAUUUUUGUAGAUUGAGUUUUAAAUUUGAUAAUUCCACGAACGUGAAGGUAGAAAACUUUAAUAAAUAUCGACCCAAUAUUUAGUGAAAUCAGGCUUUUGAUUGCAGUUAUUGCGAGCUCUACAGAAUAUAUCUACUCUUUUAUCACAACCCAGAAGCAACAGUUUUGGAAUCUGGUUAUUAGGGUCGGCAGAAAUUAGGCCCUUUUCUACUUUAACGAAGUCUGUUUGUUGAGAUUUUGUUUUUGUUCUGUUUAUAUAUCUGCUUUAUAGAUUAGGAUCACAAAUGAUGUCGUUUUUCUCCAUCUCCAUCCAAUAGCAAAAUCAUAUUUUUUCCAACCCAACUAUAGGUACACGGCUUUGGUUCCAAACCAUUAAAAGUUGAUCAUAAGGCAAAUUGAAAGCUGAAUCUCUAUUUAACAAUUCUAAUUUAUAGUAUUAACUAUUUUUGAUACGGCAUAUUUAAAAGUAUGAGCUAGAAAUGAACAUAUGUUUGAAUUGUCUUUUGUACUGCUUGCAAUCUGUUCCACGCAUUAGGGUGCAAUCGUAGUUGCUCAUUAUGCCUUCAUCCCAAAAUUAUUGGUUUACUCGGAGAAGCCUCUCUGCUCGUUCAUCGCUCAAGUGUUGGCAAGAAAAUUGAUGUUUUGAACAUUCGAGCUAAAAUCUUGUUGUAAUUUUUUAAACAUUUCAAACUUUGCUUCAGCUAUUAGUUUUCGAAUAUCAAGCCCAACAAAUAUUGCUUCUUUGAUUUUUGUGUAUAAUCAAAUACUACAGAAAUGGUCUUCCAAAAAAAUUCUUAAUAAGACUAAAUAUAAUGGGAGAUUGGGAUAUCAUAGUUUCAUGCGUUAAUUUUUCCAUAAUUCAGCUGUAUAAUAUAUUUUAGAUGUUUAAUAAUUGAUAAUCAUGAGUUAUUAGCGACUACUAACACGGAUAGCGAAAUCAAAAAGUUAUUUUUAUUUCGAGAAACUAAACAAUGAAAAAAUCCAGUCAGUUUCGGAGCUACAAAUUGUGCAAUUUAAGAAAUUACUUCCACCGAUUGGGAAAAUAUAUUCCGGAGUAUAAGCUAAAUGUAAAGUUGACAAAUCUGCAUACUUUUCUUAAUGUUCACUUAUUGCUUGUAGAAAAAUCUCAUUGUGUUUGAAAUAUAGUUCAAAACAUAUGUUCAAAUAAUUAAUAUGGUACCAUAGUUUUUUUGACAGUAUUUGUUAUUUUGGUUAUUAUGCCUAUUAUGUACCAAAUAAAUCAUUUUAUAUGAUAAAUACGCAAAUAAAUUAUUAAAGCCUCGUAUAAA